AUGGCGAUGGCGGCGGCGGCGGUGCUGCUGCUCUGCGCCUUCAUCUACGCGGCGUGGCUAGCGCCGGCCGCGGCAAGGCGCCGGCUCCGCGGGGCGGGCUUCGACGGGCCCCGCCCAUCCUUCCCCUUCGGGAACCUCCCCGAGAUCACGGCCUCGCUGCAGGCCUCCGCCGCCGCCAAGAAGCCGUCCUCCUCCGCCGCCGCCGUCUCCAGCGACAUCCACGGCGCCGUGUUCCCCUACUUCGUCCGCUGGCGCGAGUCGUUCGGCAAGGUGUUCGUGUACUGGCUGGGCACGGAGCCGUUCCUGUACGUGGCGGACCCGGAGUUCCUCAAGGCUGCCACCGCCGGCGCGCUGGGCAAGCGAUGGGGGAAGCCCGACGUGUUCCGCCGCGACCGCAUGCCCAUGUUCGGCCGCGGGCUCGUCAUGGCCGAGGGCGACGAGUGGGCGCGCCACCGACACAUCAUCGCGCCGGCCUUCUCCGCCACAAACCUCAACGACAUGAUCGGGCUGAUGCAGGAGACCACCGCCAAGAUGUUGGCCGAGUGGACCGAAGCGGUGGCAUCGUCUGCCGGCGGGGCCGUCGUGGACGUGGAGCGGGGCGUGGUCCGCAACGCCGCCGAGAUCAUCGCCAAGGCGAGUUUCGGGGUGGCGGACGACGAGGCCGGCGCGCGGGUGUUCCGGAAGCUGCAGGCCAUGCAGGCGAUGCUGUUCCAGUCCAACCGCCUCGUCGGUGUGCCUCUGGCGCGCCUGCUGCACGUGCGAAAGACCUACGACGCGUGGCGCCUGGGCCGGGAGAUCGACGCGCUGCUCAUGGAAAUCAUCGACGCGCGCCGCCGGAGCCGAGCAGCCGGCAGCGGCGACAAAGGCGGCAAGGACCUGCUGUCGCUGCUGCUGGCCGGCACGGAGGCCACGGCGGGCGCCGAGCGGCGGCUGACGACGCGGGAGCUGGUGGACGAGUGCAAGACCUUCUUCUUCGGCGGGCACGAGACCACGGCGCUGGCGCUGUCGUGGACGCUGCUCAUGCUCGCCGCGCACCCGGACUGGCAGGACGCGCUGCGAGAGGAGGUGGCGCGCGAGCUCGGCGACCACCAGAACCUCGACGCCGCCGCGCUUGGCCGCCUCACCAAGAUGGGGUGGGUCAUGAGCGAGGUGCUGCGCCUCUACCCGCCUUCGCCCAACGUGCAGCGGCAGGCGCUGGAGGACGUGGCGGCGGAGGGCAAGUCGUCCGUCGUCAUCCCGCGCGGCACCAACAUGUGGGUGGACGUGGUGGCCAUGCACCACGACGUGGAGCUGUGGGGCGCCGACGCCCACGAGUUCCGGCCGGAGCGGUUCGGCCGGGACCCCGUGCAGGGCGGUUGCCGCCACCGCAUGGGGUUCCUCCCCUUCGGCUUCGGCGGCCGCAUCUGCGUCGGCCGCAACCUCACCGCCAUGGAGUACCGCGUCGUGCUGGCCAUGCUGCUGCGCCGGUUCCGGGUGUCGGUGGCGCCCGAGUACCGGCACGCGCCCAAGAUCAUGCUCUCGCUCAGGCCCUCCAAUGGCAUCCAGCUCCACCUCACGCCGCUGGUCGAGGUGGUGGACCACGCUGCUGCCGCCACGUCAUCAUCGGCCUAG